GACUUGGUGCUGAUGCUGAACUGGUGCUUGUGAGUGAAUCCUGCAGGUAACACACUUAGGAGCAGAGAGAGAGAGCGAGCGAGCUAGAGAGAGAGACACACACGGAAAAACUCAGAGGGAUAUGAAAGAAGAGGCAGGCACGGAAGGAGGAGAGAUGGGAGGAAGAAGCAUUGCUACAUAAAUGCCACUAAUUGCAGAAACCUUCUAGAUCUCAUCACUGACAGAUCAUCGUCUUCAUGGCAAGACAAUGGGAAACAGACAGACCUUGAUCCAUUGUAAAAAAAAAAGAAAAAGGAGCAGGAUGCUCACAGUGACCUUAUAGAGAGAACGCACACUGGGCUCCACACAUUCCACAGAAUGAUUGACACCUAGCAGCAAAGCAGGGCAUGCCAAGCUCUAUGCACUCAUUUGCAAGCACACAGCUGAUUCCCUUGCAGGGGGUGCAGGGGGACUGUGCACAUGACCCUCUGUCCCUAGGUGACUUUUCGACCUGGACAUCAACCUUCGCUGUUGAAUUGUUUCCUGACAGGUUUGGAUUUUUUUCGCUGACAUUGGGAAGCAACGAGCUGACUGAGUUGCAGCUAAUCUAGUCCCCCCCGAACUUUCAGUCUGGAAUCUGGGAAACUAACAAGGAUCAAGAAUCAGCCGGUACUACACAGGCUAUCAUUGGAUCUUUCUCUUUUUUUUUUCAUUUUUCAUUUUUUUUUUGGUCAAGGCAGCUGUAGACAAUUGAUUGGCAGUGCCGAGGUGGUGUGGGGCCCCCUUUGAUAUUGCCCUUUGGGGAGAGAGGCUGUGAGGGGGAGAAUGAAGCAUUUCGCUGCGUACGAGAAGCAUGAGGUGGCACCUGUACACCCGCUCUGACUGGGCAUGGCUGGUGCUGACUUGGCUGUCUGUAAUGCUGUGUUUGGCAUCCGCCACAGCCACAAUUUCUAGGCAGCAUGGCUCGGCUACGUCAACCGGGCAGUCAUCGCUCGACUGGUUGCUUAGUAACAGAGGACCCUUCCAUCGGGCCCAGCAGUAUGUGGACUUUGCUGAGCGCUACCAACAAGGGUAUACCACCAGGUAUCGAGUGCACAGGGAGUUUGGCCGCUGGAAGGUGAAGAACAUGGCCUUAGAGAGCAAGGAAUUUCCGAAUCUCACGCUGGCUCCGGAGUUUGUGCGCACCAUUCGUCAGCUGGGGAGGAGGCCGUCCGCGGCUCAGAUUACAGAGAACCUGAUAAAAAAAUAUGGCACGCAUAUUCUGCUAUCUGCGGUGCUCGGAGGUGAAGAGUCCCUCACCAUGUUUGUGGAUAAGGGAAGACUCAAGCGAGACGCGGGAGUGCGCGGGAACAAUUCGUCCCCCACGCUGGACACUCUACACCAGCUGGCAGCUUCAUAUUUCAUGGACCGAGAGAGCGCUCUGAGGCAGCUGCACCACAUUCAGAUCACCACGGGAGCCAUUAAGGUAACCGAAACGAGGACUGGCCCCCUUGGCUGCAGUAACUACGACAACCUGGAUUCUGUCAGCUCGGUAUUGGUGAUGGGUCCUGAGAGUAAAGUGCAGCUUCUUGGGCUGCAGGCGCUGCUUCCUCAGUACUUACAAGUGAGAUUUGUGAGGGCUGCAUUGUCCUACAUAUCCUGUAACUCCCAGGGAAGGAUGGAGUGCCAAGGAGGCGAAUGCUGGUGCCACUGUGAUCCUGCCUACCCACAAUGCAACUGCCCUGCGGAGGACAUUCAUAUACUGGAGAAGAGCCUGACGCAGACGCAGGAACAGGCAUCUGGUCAAAACAAAGAGUUUGAGGAAUCUGCGGAGUUUCGGGCAUUUAUGAAGAAUUUGCCUACAGACCGUUUCCUUAACAUCACAACAAUUUCAAGGCUCUGGAAUGCAGAUCUCCACCUGACGCGGCGCUAUGAGCAACUGAGAGCAGGCUUCAAACAACUGCUGACCAAGUCUCAGAGGCAAAUGCGCCGUCUGAUUAACCUGAGUAAACACUGCCUACGCCAGCCUCAGUACACAUUACUGCGGGAGAAGUCUGUAUCUUAUUGGUGGCAUCGGAUUCAGUCUCUUCUGUACUGUAGUGCCUCUCUUGUGCCGGGGACAUUUCUAGAGGCCUCCCACAGUUGUACCUGCACUUUCCAGCAUCCCAACUGCCAGGCAAACAUACCUUGCAUACAAGGACCAGGUCCCUUGUGUUCCCUCUGUUCAACAGUACUUCAUGCCCAGUGUGCCAGCUGCAACCCUGGAUACACUCUCUCAGCUCAAGGCCUGUGUGUGCCUUCAGUGCCUGAGUCCUCAGAACCUUUCCUUGGGACAGAAGGUAGCCUUCAGGACUUGGAGGUGAAAUACUUGCUCCUAAAGCAGGAUGGACGCUUGAGAGCUCCAGCGUUCUUUAUUUCUGGUGAUCUACGACUUGGCAUGUGGUUUCAGAUGGGAGGCAGGAAGCGUAUGCUGCUGACAUGCAAGAGCAACAAGCACUGGCCAAGGCAGUUGCAUAUGCUUCUAGGACUUUCAAUGCGCCUCUGUCUUGCUGGGAAUGGGACCAGAGAUCCACAAGUAACAGUGUAUGUUAACCCCUUUGGAGGGAGCCACUCAGAAAGCUGGUUGUUGCCCGCUGGGGAACAAGGUUAUCCAAGUUGGGAGAAAACUUGGGACAUGGAAGGAGGAGACCGCUGCCAGAACUGGACUUUGAUAUUAGGUCAUCGGUGGCGGUCAUUUUUUGAGACUGUACAUUUUUACAUGAGAAGCAAUCCUCUUGAAGAAGAAGGAGAGGAAGAUUCAGCAGAAUGGACUGACAAACAGACUUUGGAUGACAAAUUGGGAGACCCUGAGUAUGUCCGUAUUGAUGGUCUUCAUGCUUUUGGUUAUAGCGUGCCCUUUGAUCCAGAGGCAAUCAGGGGCUUAGCUCAAAAGCUUGAACAGCCUGGAUCCAGAGAAGGAGCACUCAUGGAAAUGCAAGAGUUGAGGAAACGAGUAAAUUUCCUUUCCCCACCUGGUGCCCGUAAGUUGGAUCUGUUUAACUGCUUACUACGACACCGGCUGAAAAUGAGCAGCAAUGAGGUGGGAAGAAUACAAGCCCAGCUUUCUGUAUUCAGCAGUCAGCUUCCUAAUGGCUCCACGUACGAGACAACGAAGCUCUGCAGCUAGAAGUUCCUACCAGUUCAUUCUUAAGCUUCUUUGAUACAUAACAAAGGCCUAAUCAGGCUUGAGAAUCAUGUACAGUGUCUUCCUUUUGUGAAGUCUGUUCUUACCACUUCAGUAGUCCUUGGCUGUGCGCUAUCUUUGUACUGGAGCGGCAGAAUCCCAAAAUGGUUACAUUUGCCAAACAAAAGGAUGCAAUGAAAAAAUGUUAUAUGUUAUUAUAGUCAAUGCUUUCUAAAUUUAAUUGUGCAACCUGAAUGAUGUGCAAGUGCAACCUUCAGUGACAUGUUAAUGAAUGUCAUUGUUUAUGCAGUCUCUUCUGGCAAGCCAAGAGUGCCCAAGCUGGAGACAAAGCUGUGAAUUCCAAAGAGCCACAGGAACUCUAAAAGACAUCGCAGCUUAAGCCAUAUUAAGAGGAACCUCCAACAAGCACCACGUUUCCUUGUCUUUUAAUAUGGAAGGACAGUUGAAGAUUUGGCCGUAUAAUGCGUCAAAAUGAGCCAAGGGGG